AGUCAGCCUACGAAGAAAACUCUGGAAAACGAACGCGCCACAUGGGGGAAAGGGGUUGAGUUUCUCUUCUCUUGUAUAGCUAUGUCUGUUGGCCUGGGUAACGUCUGGCGGUUUCCCUUUACAGCACUAGACAAUGGGGGAGGAGCUUUCUUGAUCCCUUAUUUAAUCGUAUUGUUCUUAGUCGGCAAACCAAUUUACUAUCUGGAAAUGGCGAUCGGCCAGUUCUCAAGUUGCGGUUCCGUCAAAGUUUUCAAUUUGUGUCCAGCGAUGAGAGGUAUUGGCAUUGGUCAAGUAUUGUCAAUUUCGAUUGUGACCACCUACUAUGUCGCCAUUAUGGGCAUGAUUGUACGUUAUCUGUUUGAAUCAUUCAAAUCACCAUUACCUUGGACAGUUUGCGAAGAUGCAUGGAAUGAAACCUGUGUUGCAUCCGGAACAAUGGCCACACCAGAGCAUGGUAUUGAGUUGUCGACUGGAGCGUCGCUGCUUGAUAUUGGCAAAGCCGUUGUUGCAAACAUUAGUGGAACAUUGAAUAAUAUCAGUGAUAGUGUUAGUGUUAUGCACCAUAAUGCCAAAACAAUAUCAUCUGCAGAGUUAUAUUUUAAGUAUUGGUUUAGGUCAAGCUUUCAUGGUAUAUUUACUGGCUACUUAUUACGAGUGUAUUUGUGCGCUAAUCGCAUACUACUUGGUGCAAUCAUUCCGUGAUCCGCUGCCCUGGUCCUACUGUCGAUCGGAGUGGGGAGCGAAUUGUAUUGAUUCAGCGCCACGUAGUUGGCUUGGAGAUGACAAGUUCCUAGAUUCUAAAGCGCUUAAGGUGUCCGGUGGAAACUGGAGCUUGGUUUACGGUAAUCUAACAAAGCAAAAUGAGGAUCGGGUUAUUUCGAGUUCGCAAUUAUAUUUUGUCAAAAAUGUGUUGAGGGAGAAAAUAAACAUCGAUGACGGGAUCGGUUUGCCGAACUGGGAACUAGUGUUGGGUCUCUUGGUAUCUUGGACAACUAUAUUUAUGGUCAUUAGAAGGGGCGUAAAAAGUUCCGGCAAAGCUUCAUACUUUUUGGCGCUCUUUCCUUAUUUGAUAAUGGCAGUUUUGUUAGUACGGGCCGUAACAUUACCCGGUUCCGUAGAUGGUAUAAUCUAUUUCAUUAAACCCAAUUGGGGAAAAAUACUGGAUCCUAAGGUGUGGUACGCGGCAGUCACACAAUGCUUCUACUCACUCUCAGUCUGCUUCGGCAACAUAAUCAUGUACGCAUCCUACAAUAAGUUCGAACACAACAUUCACCGGGACGCAAUGAUUGUGACCACUCUGGACACUUUCACUUCGCUAAUUUCGGGUUUCACCAUAUUUGGCAUUCUGGGCAAUUUGGCUUACGAAAUCGGAACUGAUGACAUCGGCACCGUGGUGAAGGGUGGCACAGGCUUGGCGUUCAUUUCAUAUCCAGAUGCGAUUUCCAAGUUCAAAACUUUGCCACAAAUAUUUUCGGUCUUGUUCUUCCUUAUGCUUUUUAUCCUUGGCAUUGGCUCAAAUAUUGCAAUGACGUCGUGCACAGUUACAGCGAUACGCGACAGUUUUCCACAUAUUAAGCAGUGGCACUGUGCUUUGGCUAUAUCUAUAAUAAGUUUCUUUAUUGGAUUGGCCUACGUCACACCGGGAGGUCAAUUUAUUUUGACUUUAGUCGAUUUUUACGGCGCUUCAAUGAUUGCAUUAAUACUGGGCAUAUUGGAGCUCUAUGUUCUGGGUUGGAUUUAUGGAGUGGAUCGACUUUGUAAGGAUAUAGAAUUUAUGAUUGGCCACAAAGUGAGUCGAUACUGGCGUUUUUGUUGGGCGUUCAUCACACCCGGAAUAAUGACGUUGAUUCUGAUUUACUUCUUCGCUACAUACCAAUCACUCACCUACAACAAUGUUGAAUAUCCGAAUUGGGCUUAUGCGCUUGGCUGGACAAUUACUGCCCUGGGUGUAAUACAAGUUCCAUUAUGGGCCAUAGUGGCGAUCGUGCGCCAACCUGGCGAAAGUGUAAAUGAGAAAGUUCGUGGUGCCUUCCGACCUGUACGUAAUUGGGGCCCGUCGGAUCCCCUGCUUCGUGAACAAUACAAUAAGAAUCUCGCGAAUGAGAGUAAUUCGAUGGGCACGGGUUGCUGGGCCAAGGUCAAGAAGAAUUUUCUCAGUUGAACAGAUAUGUGAUUCAUUAGGCAGAAAAUACUGUUUAAUGCUUGCCAAAAUUGAUAUACAUUUGUAUUAUAGAUUAAGCAGAAACGAGUGCACUUAUUGUAUAAAUAUAAUACUAAACUAUGUGCAUAUGCAUGUACUUGAAUCUAUGGAAAAUCGCCAGUAUAAGCUUUAAAUAAACAUGUUGCACAAG